GCGCUGAUCUGCAGCUGCUGAUCUUCCUGACUGUAAAAGCACAUGGCUGCACUGACGCUCUCCAGAACCGACAACAUACUGCAUAACUUCUUACAGGAUCGUACCCCGAGCUCCUCUCCUGAGAGUGGCCCUAAUCCGCUGUCUUUCCUGGCCACCACGUGCAGCCAGGCUUGGCAGGUGAGCGGCACCGUGGGCACCGACGGGGCUCAGUUCCCCUAUGAGGGCACCGUGGGGACCACGUCCAGCAUGUUUCAGCUCUGGAGCAAUGACGUGGCCCCAAACUCCAGCCUGAGUGCCCAUCAUAUGGCCUUCACCGUGCCCAAGAUGCAGUUCCCCGGCCAUGUGCAAAGUGGCCUGGGCUCUCACUCGCACCACCAUCAUCAUCAUCACCACCACCAUCACCAUGAGCUGCCUCUUACACCUCCAGCUGAACCUCCCGCUUCAUACUCAUUCGAGGUCUCACCGGUCAAAAUGCUGUCGUCGCAGGCGCAAGGAAAUGCUCAGUACUAUGCACAGCACAAUGCUGUUGGCCAGAACUUUCCCAGCUUCCUGCAGAACAAUUCAGCCAGAACCCACCUGCCUGGAGGGCACAUCGAAGAUAGCCAGCAGUGGUGGAGUCUUCCUCAGAGCAACACUGGCACCUCCAGUCACCCAUUCUCCCUGGGCAGGCAGCUGGUUUUAGGCCACCAGCCUCAGAUUGCUGCUCUGCUUCAAGGAACCUCCAAGAGCCUGCUGGGCUCCACACGCCGCUGCCGCCGCUGUAAGUGUCCAAACUGCCAAUCCACGGGGAACACCGUCGGCAGCCUAGAGUUUGGCAAAAAAAGACUGCACAUCUGCCACAUCCCGGAGUGCGGCAAGGUGUAUAAGAAGACCUCGCACCUAAAGGCGCACUUGCGCUGGCAUGCAGGUGAGAGGCCCUUCAUCUGCAACUGGCUCUUCUGCGGUAAGAGCUUCACGCGUUCAGACGAGCUGCAGAGGCACCUGCGCACACACACCGGCGAGAAGCGCUUCGGCUGCACACAAUGUGGCAAGAGGUUCAUGCGUAGUGAUCACCUCUCCAAGCAUGUCAAGACCCACCAGAGCAGGAAGGGUCGAUCCAGCCAGCCCUCACACGCUGACACACAGCUGAGCAACAUUAAGAGGGAGUGAAGGAAGUCAAGAACUGUAGUGCACAGAUAAUCUCACGACUCUCAGAGAGAUCACUUGAAUAAUCCUCAUGAGAGACAAAGCCAUAUUUAAAAGUCCACUGAAUUUCUGAAUACAGUGCAGAGCUACUGAGAGAUAUUAAGGUCUAUAAUGAAGGCCACGCUGCUAGUAAAGAGGUGAUGGACAAACACUCCAAACAGGAAAUGUGACUUUUUAAUUUUUUGACAUGGUUUCAGGCAUGCUAUACAUCUCACAAAUGCUGUUCUCUCUUUGCACAAAGUUCAUUUGUCAAUCUAUUAAUUCACUACCAAUACAUUGUACAAGCACAAUAUAAAAAUAUUUAUUAAAUUAAUUUGGUCCUUUAUUUUUUACAGAAAAUAUUGCC